AUGGAGCGUAUGGCGGCGCAGAUGGAGCGCGAUCUGCGCUCCAAGUACAACCAUCUCAUGGUGAAAUGGUACGAGGCCGUGGACUGGACAGAGCCGCUCAUUGUGGGGCUGCUCAGCUUCCACGUGGUGCUUUUGGCUACACUCUGGCUUACGCGCAAGCGGCUCUACACUCAGUUCGCGCUCUUCGUGCUCAUCAUUCUGCUGGUAAUGAGCACUGAGGCGCUUAACAAGUGGGCGAGGGAGAACUGGCGUCUAUUUGCCACUCAGCGGUACUUCGACGAGCAAGGUGUCUUCAUGGGUAUCUUCUACGCAGGGCCGCUCUUGGCUUCAGGCUUUUUCCAACUGCUGCUGAGCAUGAAGAACAUGGUGGACAUGGUGGUGAUCGUCAAAAGAGCUGAGUAUCGACAGCAACUUAAGGCCAAGAAAGACAAGUAG